UUAUUGGAGAUGCUCUAACAACUGUAGAUUUUGUGACACGAAAAUCCAAAUUCUUCCAUGAAGGUUGUAAAAUCGGAAUCAGACCAGAGUAACGGUUUCUGCCGUCAACACUGUUUUUAACUUUGGUAAAUUUGUUUCCACUAAACAAUUGUACAGCACAUUUACACACAGUCACACACUAAAAACAUACUACUCCUGUAUUGACCUGCUCUUUAAGCGUUUGAAUUGAUUAAUAAAGUAAACUCUGUAACAAACAUUCAACUCAGCACAAAUCUACUAGAUCACAUCUCCCAAUGCCAUUGUUGUAGCACAGGCACAUAUAUGUAAUCACACUCCAGAUGAUUUUGUAAGUAAAUUAAGUAUGAGAGGAGCUGGUGGUGGCGGCUCACCUAGUAGUCAUGAACGUAGACACAGACUCUCUUCUGCUACUCAAGAAGAUACAACCAAGAGAAGAUCUUUCAGAAGUAGAGUUUUUAGAAGUGCCGAAAAACCUUUCUCCAGUUUUAGCCAGGAGCGCAAUUUGAACUGCAAGUUUUCUACUCUAAAACUAGUGCUGGUUAUUAUAAUUUUUGGAGCAUUUUUGACCCUCCUAAAGUCUCCAGCAAUUUACAACACAGACCACCUAGCCAGUUUCAGACAUCGGCCAAGUUUUGUAGGUCAAUUCAUAAAGGACAAAUUUGCCGCUGAUCAACGUUAUCUAUCACAAUUGGAGGUCAAUUGGGACCAAGUCUCCGAAGUGAUUGAGAAACUUGCUGAUAGGCAUGAGUAUCAGGGGAUAGGUCUGUUAAAUUUUAAUGACAGUGAUAUUGAACAAUGGAAGCUGCUUAUACCAGACGCAGAACAUGUUGUCCUGAACCUUGAUUUUGUUUCCAGCAAUGUGACGUGGGAAUCCCUAUAUCCUGAAUGGAUAGAUGAAGAAGAAGAGUUUGAGGUGCCCAUAUGUCCUACAUUACCCAAUAUUCAUGCUCCUGGUAAACCGCGAAUUGAUCUUAUUGCUGUAAAGCUUCCCUGCAAUAAAAGAAGCAAAUGGUCACGAGAUGUGGCUCGUUUGCAUCUACAAAUUGCAGCAGCAAGGCUUGCUGCUAUGUCAAAAGGGUAUCAUUCAGUGCACGUGCUUCUGUUGAGUGAUUGUUUCCCAAUUCCAAAUCUCUUUACUUGCAAGGAGCUUGUUGUCCGUGUAGGCAACGCAUGGUUAUACGAACCUAAUCUGAAUACAUUGAGACAAAAGGUUAAUCUUCCAGUUGGCUCAUGUGAACUUGCAGUUCCUCUUAAGAGUAAAGAUCACUACUCCAGCAAUGCCAGGCGAGAAGCGUAUGCAACUAUUUUGCACUCUGCACAUGUGUACGUCUGCGGGGCUAUAACAGCAGCUCAGAGUAUCCGCAUGUCAGGUUCCACACGCGAUCUUGUAAUCCUUGUUGAUGACACGAUCAGUGAAUAUCAUCGAGGAGGUUUGGAAGCUGCAGGGUGGAAACUACAUACAAUUGAAAGAAUUAGGAACCCAAAAGCUGAACGAGAUGCUUAUAACGAAUGGAACUACAGCAAAUUCCGCCUGUGGCAAUUAACAGAUUAUGAUAAGAUCAUAUUCAUUGAUGCUGAUUUGCUCAUACUUAGAAACAUUGAUAUCCUGUUUGAGAUGCCAGAAAUUACUGCAAUUGGAAAUAAUGCUACCUUAUUUAAUUCUGGGGUAAUGGUGAUUGAACCAUCCAAUUGCACGUUCCAACUGCUGAUGGAUCACAUUAAUGAAAUUGUGUCCUACAAUGGCGGAGAUCAGGGGUACUUGAACGAGGUCUUCACCUGGUGGCACCGGAUACCAAAACACAUGAAUUUCCUGAAGCAUUUCUGGGAAGGGGAUGAAGAAGAGAAAAAGGAAAUGAAAAUAAAGCUAUUUGGAGCUGAUCCUCCUGUUCUAUAUGUUAUUCACUAUCUCGGGUUAAAACCAUGGUUGUGCUUUCGAGAUUAUGAUUGCAACUGGAAUGUGAACAUAUUGCAGGAGUUCGCAAGUGAUGUUGCUCACAGGAGAUGGUGGAAAGUGCAUGAUGCAAUGCCGGAAAACUUGCAUAAAUAUUGCCUGCUAAGGUCUAAACAGAAGGCAGCUCUAGAAUGGGAUCGGAUGCAAGCCGAGAAGGGUAAUUACACAGAUGGUCAUUGGAAGAUUCAAAUUAAAGAUUCACGCUUGCAGGCUUGUUUUGAAGAAUUCUGCUUCUGGGAGAGCAUGUUAUGGCAUUGGGGUGAAACAAAUUGGACCGAUAAUGCAACUGCCACUCUAGCACCGCCUGUUCCAAUCAUCUCUGGGUUACUCCCUUCUUUGUAAGUUAUUCUAGAUACGUGAACUAAAAUAUUCUAGUGUGAAUGGAGUCCUACAGUGCUAAUCUUCUACACAAACUAAGUUCAGAUAAGAAGUAUAAAAACUACACAAUAUCUUGAGUCUAUUUUGAAAAUGUUUAAUAGAAUCUCACUUGCAGCUAAAAGUUUGUAAAAAUCACGUGAAUGUAAUGUCAUUAUUUAACACUCUAUCUUUUAUUAUUAAAUUUGUAUUCCAUUUUACCCCUUUUCUUUCUUAUUACAAGGUAAGGUUAUGUGUCAGGGCAUGAGCCGUUAAACAUUUGUGUAAGAUUUUGCUUUAAUGUAGUGGGAACAUUUUUGUCUUCC